AUGGCAGAUCCCGCUGAGUGCAGCAUCAAGGUGAUGUGCCGCUUCCGGCCUCUGAACAGCUCCGAGAUCCAGAGGGGCGACAAGUUCAUCCCCCUCUUCAAGGGAGACGACACCGUGGUGGUCGGGCAAUCAAAGCCAUAUAUCUACGAUAAAGUUUUACCUCCUAACUCAACCCAGGAGCAAGUAUAUAACGCCUGCGCGAAACAGAUUGUCAAAGAUGUUUUGGAUGGUUAUAAUGGAACCAUUUUUGCCUACGGUCAGACAUCGUCUGGAAAAACACACACGAUGGAGGGGAAGCUACACGAUUCUCAGCUUAUGGGGAUCAUCCCAAGGAUUGCACGGGACAUAUUUGAUCACAUCUAUUCAAUGGACGAAAACCUAGAAUUUCAUAUAAAGGUCUCUUACUUUGAAAUUUAUUUAGACAAAAUCCGGGAUUUGCUGGACGUAUCUAAAACAAACCUGGCCGUGCACGAAGAUAAAAAUCGUGUCCCCUAUGUGAAGGGCUGUACAGAGAGGUUUGUAUCCAGUCCAGAGGAAGUGAUGGACGUUAUAGAUGACGGGAAGGCAAACAGACACGUUGCAGUCACAAAUAUGAACGAGCACAGCUCCAGAAGUCACAGUAUUUUCCUCAUCAACAUAAAGCAAGAAAACAUUGAGACUGAGAAGAAACUCUGUGGGAAGCUCUACCUGGUCGAUCUGGCGGGAAGUGAAAAGGUCAGCAAAACUGGAGCAGAGGGAGCAGUUUUGGAUGAAGCGAAAAACAUUAAUAAGUCUUUAUCUGCACUGGGCAACGUCAUCUCCGCGCUGGCUGAGGGAACGAAAAGCCAUGUUCCAUACAGAGACAGUAAGAUGACCAGGAUACUUCAGGACUCCCUUGGCGGGAACUGUCGGACAACCAUCAUAAUCUGCUGCUCCCCAUCCAUCUUCAAUGAGGCUGAAACAAAAACCACGCUCAUGUUCGGCCAGCGGGCCAAGACUAUCAAGAACACCGUGUCUGUGAAUCUGGAGCUGACGGCUGAGGAGUGGAAGAAGAAAUAUGAAAAAGAAAAAGAGAAAAACAAGUCACUUAAGAACAUCAUUCAGCAUCUGGAGAUGGAAUUGAACCGAUGGAGAGGCGGGGAAGCAGUGCCAGUAGAUGAACAAAUCAGUUCAAAGGAUCAAAAGACCCUGGAGCCAUGUGACAACACACCUAUCAUUGACAACUUGCCCCCAGCUGCUGCCUGCAUCUCUUCUGAGGAAAAGAAGAAAUACGAUGAAGAUAUCGCCUCUUUGUACCAUCAGUUGGAUGACAAGGAUGAUGAAAUCAAUCAACAGAGUCAGCUCGCUGAAACACUGAAGCAGCAAAUGCUUGAUCAAGACGAGCUCCUGGCAUCAACCCGCAGAGAUUAUGAGAAAAUCCAAGAGGAAUUGACCCGGCUUCAGAUUGAGAACGACGCUGCCAAGGAUGAAGUCAAGGAAGUUCUCCAGGCCCUGGAGGAGCUGGCUGUAAAUUAUGACCAGAAGUCUCAGGAGGUGGAGGACAAGACCAAGGCCAACGAGCAGCUGACAGAUGAACUGACACAAAAAACGACCAGUCUGAUUACAACACAGCGUGAACUUCAUCAGCUGCAGGAACUCAGCAGCCACCAGAAGAAGAGGGCGAACGAGAUCCUAAAUCUGCUGCUGAAGGACCUGGGCGAGAUCGGGGGCAUUAUUGGCACAAAUGAUGUCAAAACACUGGCGGAUGUGAAUGGCGUCAUUGAAGAGGAGUUCACCAUGGCCCGUCUGUACAUUAGCAAAAUGAAGUCUGAAGUCAAGUCUCUUGCAAACCGCAGCAAACAGCUGGAGACAGCGCAGAUUGAGGGGAACCGCAAAAUAAAUGCCACCGAAAAGGAGCUUGCAGCCUGCCAGCUCCUCAGCUCCCAGCAUGAAGCAAAGAUCAAAUCCCUGACCGAUUACAUGCAGAACAUGGAGCAGCGGCGCCGACAGCUGGAAGAGGCCCAGGAUUCUCUUAAUGAGGAGCUGGCAAAACUCCACGCACAAGAAAAAAUGCAUGAAGUCUCCUUCAAGGAUAAGGAGAAAGAGCACCUGACCCGUCUCCAAGAUGCCGAGGAGAUGAAGACAACACUGGAGCAGCAGAUGGAAAGUCACAGAGAAGCGCAUCAGAAGCAGCUGUCUCGCCUACGUGAUGAGAUAGAGGAGAAGCAGAAGAUGAUCGAUGACCUCAAAGACCUCAACCAGAAGCUGCAGCUCCAGAAAGACAAACUGACCUCCGAUUAUGAGAAGCUGAAGGCCGAAGAUGAGCAGAGGGAGAUGGAACUGCAGGAACUUAUGCAGCUUAAUGAGAAGAGGGAGCAAUCACGGGAGGAUCUCAAAGGCCUUGAGGAGACAGUGGCCCGGGAACUUCAGACUUUACACAACCUGCGCAGACUCUUUGUUCAGGAUCUCACCACCAGAGUGAAGAAGAGUGUGGAAUUGGACAGUGAUGACGCCGGGGGAAGCGCAGCGCACAAACAGAAGAUCUCCUUCUUGGAAAACAACCUGGAGCAGCUGACAAAAGUUCACAAACAGCUUGUCCGGGAUAACGCAGAUCUGCGAUGUGAACUUCCUAAACUGGAGAAACGUCUUCGAGCUACUGCUGAGCGAGUCAAGGCUUUGGAAGGCGCUCUUAAGGAAGCCAAAGAGAACGCCAUGAGGGACCGUAAACGCUACCAGCAAGAGGUUGAUCGCAUCAAGGAAGCUGUGAGAGCAAAGAACAUGGCACGGAGGGUGCACACUGCCCAGAUUGCAAAACCAAUUCGCCCCGGACAUUACUCAGUAUCCUCUCCUACAGCUGCACAUGUCAUCCGAGGAGGGGGAUCUGUGCAUUCAUCCUACUACCACAAUACAAAAUAAUUGAGAGAUUAGAAGAUCAUCGCUAAGCAUGUGGCGCCACCAACUUCACGCUCGCCAGUCGUACACAUGUCGAUGCAACUUUCUGAGCUCUUUACAGUCAUGAAGAAGCAGCCCUGACUCUCGCCUUUCAUCCAGCGUCUUCAUCAAAAAUAAACCAUCGAUGUGCAGAGUUGUGCUUAUCUCAGCCUAUGUAAUAUAUGGAACAUGAUCAUCCACUGAAUUAUGCCGCUGUGACCUCAAGUGACCGGCUGUGCCGCCAUGUUGGUGCAGACGUUUUGCUCUGUGUUUGUUCUUGGAGGGGGUAAAAUUUCACCCCCCGAAAGGCUCUUUUGGCCUCUCGAUCGGAUCAUUGGUCUGUUACAUGUUACACCCCUCUUCUCCUACUUUCCUUUCCGUGGUUACGAGAAUGAAUGAAUAAAAAAAAAUAAGAAUAAAAUAAAUAUUAAUAAAAUAAAAGAAAGAAUAAUAAAUAAAAAAUAUAUAAAUAUCGAAUAAUAAGAGUAAUGCUACACACGUGAAGUCAUAUAUAACUGGAAUGUAUUUUUAUGGAUAUUAUGCAGUGUUAAGGGGAGGACAUUGGGAUGUUAGUCCUUCUUCUUAGCCCUUAGUUCAUUGACUAUUUCUGUCUUGAGCUGAAGACUUGAGCAAUCAAACCCUGACUGGUUGCUAGGGACUUCCUACAUGACUUUAUUGAAAUGACUAUGGUUGCUAGGGAGUGUCUCUCUAGCAACCAGACUGUGAAACAUGACAUAGCAGUUCCAGUCUACACUGUAUUGGCACCUUAUGGCCAUACUAUGUUAUUUCACAUCUCAGACUGUGAUAUUAAUAAUAUUUUCCAAAAAAUUAGGUGGCAAACAUUAUAUUAUAAUUGGUCAGCUAGCUCCUUUUGCGCCAUGUCAUGUACAGUAUGUUACAGCAAUGGUGUGGGCUCUGGAGUUGGCUGGCACCUGGCUCUCACUACCAGGGUCGGGGCCAACUCCAAUCCCGGCAGUUUUACUCCUCAGACCGUGGCAGCCGAGAGGUUAGAUAGAUGGAGCUUCCUCUGUCCUCCCAUUGGCACCACACGAAUGCAAACGUGGCCAAGUAGUUGUAAUGGCAGCAGUGAGCCUUCUGAAGUCCCCUGAAAUAUCCCUGCCACUACGACAGGAUGCAACAGGCUGCCUGCCAGAAUCAAUAUGCACU